UUUUAAUUUCGUUUUAUCAGUUUACUGUAAAGUGAAUAAAUUUGGAAUUCAGCACGACGCGUGUUUAUGCUGUUUAAUGUGCGGUUGAUUGCCGGAUGAUGCGUAGUAUGUCUGGAAAAUUAUCACACGUUUAUAUUGAUAUGGUGGAACAGAUGACUGGAAAAUAAUGAAAGCCUUACCGGACAAAACGGAAAGCAGUGAUGACGUGGACAACAGUACUGUGGACGCGAACGUGAUCGACGAACGCGGCACUGCGGUCCUGGAAUACGAGAAUGUAAUUGAAAUACUAUCUUCAGACUCUGAGACCGAAGAGAAGGCACAGGUCUGUGGCGAGGAGGAGGAAGAGGAGGAGGAGGUGGAAGAGGAGGAGGAGGAAGGGAAGCAGGGGGAACAGGAGAAAGAGGAACAGGAGCUGGAGGAGGGAGAGAAGGAGGAGGCGGUUUCCAGCAAACCGCGUAAGUCUAAAAAAAAACAUAAGAAACACCACCACCAUCACCACCACCAUCAUCAUCAUGAGAACGAUGACACUCGUACCCGGAAAAAACACAAGAAACGAUCGAAACAGGAGAGUGGUCCAAUAUUUCUGUGGGCUAAAAAAGAAGAGUCGCAAAUAUUGAAAGUAUAUUGUGAAGAUUACGAUGCGGGUAUCAAACUGGUCAAAACCAAUGGCGUAUGGACUUCUAGUCCCAGGUCUAGGGUUUUGGCAGCCGUUCAAGCGCGUUCGUCUAACGGCGGACAUAUAAACGUUAGCGAGACACCGAUAGAUUCCAACGAGUCGAUCAUGCAGAUACCACAACCGGACGAUCGAAUCAAAGAAAGUUCAAAGAACUGCGAGCCAAUACUUGUCGACCUGAACGACAAUUCUAUUGACUUUGUAGAUACUAUAAGUAGUGAAGAGGAGGACGAUGAAGAGCAGACUAGAGCUAGGAUUGACCGAGCACUGGAAAUGAUUGACCAGGACCCUGCGUUGAUGAGUGAUGUGAAAAUUCCGUUACCUACUGUUGAGACAACUUCGGCCAUCAAGUUACCCGAAGGCACGACAAUCCACCAGAUCAAAGCUGAAAACGUCGCGGCAUGCGAAACCGUCUCCGUAGCGACGCCAUCACCACCGCCGCUAUUAUUGUCCGAGACGCCAAUGAUGCAGUGCAAGCUGGGUGAGUUAACUAUAACAACACAGCAGCAACAGCAAAACGAACCGUUAAACCUGGAAACCGUGAGUAAGCGAUCUGCCUUAGAAAUUCGAUUACAGGAACCGCCACUUAAAAAAAAACGCGUAGAUAAAUCCCCCCCUGCACAACCGCCAUUAGCUGUUGGACAGGUAAAACGCGAGUGGGAUCCUUUGUCAGAACUGAAGGAAGUGCUUUCGGACCCCGGUCUGUCCGUACCCGACCCGUUGCUCGUACCCAGGGCCAGGCUAGCCGCGCUAGUGUCCAGCCCAGCCACAGAAAUACCAAAACUCUUGCGAGAGCCAUUGGUAUUGCCGCCACCGCCCCCCGACCCUGACUUGUUGGCCGUCUCGUUAUCACAUCUCCGGUCCAUGUUGCAACAGCAUCCGGGCUAUGCAGACGACCGCAAGUCGGAUAGUAACCAAUCAUCGAACAUCGACCAAAUACUAUGGUUGUCAUACUUGUCAAAAGACAUGACCGGCGUCGACGCCGACCUCAUAUCUACAAUGUUGAGCAUCCUCCUGCCCAACUCGACAACUGCUCAACAAUCAUUCAGCUACCCUCAAGAUAAGAACCAAUGGAACAACCUGUAUUACGACGGCAAUAUCGAAACGCCGUACGGUUCCACGCCCGGUUUUAGUAAAUCGGACGAUUGUUGUGCGCCGGUGUCACCACUUCCGCCGCCGCUGCCAUUGCCACAAAUAUUACCAGCACCACAGCAGCCACAUCCACUUUUAUUACCACCACCACCACUACCACCGUCACAAAUAAUACCAGCAACAGCUGCACAGCCACCAAUAUUACCACUGCAACAGUCACUAAAACACCAACAAUCACAAUUGUUGCCGCCGCCGCAACCUCGUGUGCAGCAACAGCAAAUACCACGACUUUUGCCUAAGCGUUCACAGCAGCACAACAUGACAUCACAACUGCAGCGGUUGCCAUCACAUCCACAGCAAAUGCCGCCACCACAAAUGUUGCCAUCACGUUCACAGCAACUAAUGCCACCACUAAUACAACCUCCAGUCCUACACCGUCAGCCAAAACGACGGGUUUGUCAAGAGCUGUGUUGCAACGGAUCGCCAUCAUCGUGUUAUGGAGGCAGCUAUUGCCCAAAACCGAGUGGUUACAAUCCGUUUACCACGGUGUCUCCUAACGGCUGCAACCCAUUCGCUAUAUCUACGAGUGACUGCAAUCCGUUCACUGCAACUCCUACUGCUAGUUGUGGUGGCGGCAAUCCAAAGACUUGUGCCACAUACGCGGCGCCGGGAGCGAUGUCGACUUGUUGCUUCUCAUCGGAAAUCAGUUGCGGGUAUAACGGUAGAACUUCGUCACCAAUGCCGCCGCGAAAUCCGUCCGUAUCACCUCGCAACCGCGCUCAAUACAACUACCAUAACGGUCCGGGGCAACAGCAACAAAUGCCUAUGCCAGAAGUUCGUAGCGUUGUCAACGGCUGUUGCAUUAGCGUCACCGGCUGCAGCAGUGGCGUCACUGGCUAUAGUAAUGAUGUUAGCGGUUGUAACAGUAGCGUUACUGGCAUUAACAGUAGCAGUGGCGUCAACGAAAAUAGCAAUGGCGUCAACGGCAAUAGUAGUACCGUCGUUGGCUGUAACAGUGGUGUCAACGAUAAUAACAGUGGUGUUGACGGUAGUAGCAGUGGCGUCAAUGGCAAUAGCGUUAGUGAUAUUGGCGCAGAUGCUCAUAGUUCGGUUGCGAAUAGUAAACCGAAAACGCCACUGCCCGUGAAGCCUGCCAAUGGUGACGCCGGUCAGCCGGCGUACAGACCUAAAAUCAAAGUCAAAGAACAUUUGAUCGACCCGAACGCAAAACCAAGACUUUUGAACAUUGAGGGUGCCCUUCAUCUUGCUGCAGGUGGUCAUGACCUGUUCAGUUCGUCUCUUUGGCAUCCAUUGUUCGGCAGCCAAGCAAAGCCGUAUGGUUGUAGGUGGCAAUGGACAACGCCUGUCACCACGUCCGCGUCCACUUCUUCUGAUAACACGUCCGCCGACACUAAACAUUGAACCGGCUAGACCACUAACCGGCGUGACAGACACAAAAUAAUAUAUAUAAAAGUAGCGUACCUACAGUAUUUGUUUAUUUAUUUAUUUUUAUUUAUUAUUAUUAUAAUAAUAAUUUUCGUUUUACGUGUUUUACGAACCUCCUCCAAUACCCAUUUAGAGGGCAUAUUUGAUUAUGUCAAAUACAACUCUUGACACGCAAUCCGAUUGGUUUUAACAUCGAAUAUUUUUUUGUAAAAUAUAAUGCUAACAAGCAUAGUAUGCUUUAAUAUAUACUGGGGACCACCGAUUAUUAUUUUUGAAGGGUCAUACUUAAGAAAUGUGGGUCAGGUAAGUUUUUGGGAACUUAUUUUCAUUUGAUAAAAUAUAUGUGUUCCUACAUUAAAUUUUAACACAUGUUUAUCCAAUGAAAAUAAAGGCAAAAUAAAAAAAAUGAAAUCGAAAUUAUUAAAUCACUUUUUAUUUACCAUCACGAAAAAAAAUUAAUAGUUAUAAUAAAUCUUUGUCUGCAGGCCAGAUAAAGUUAGCUACCAUUUGGUGACCCCUGGUAUACACUAUAGGAUUGUAUUAUAAUAUAUCUAUAUAUAUAUAAUUAACGUUUAAGUUAAUGUUAUGUAUUAUUUCUCUAUAUAUAAUGUACAAUGUACCCAUAGAGUAUAGUAUAAUAUCUAUAUUAUGCAUGUAAGUAGUCAAGUCGCGAGUUGAGUCGGCCUGCGGGAAAUCGCCGCCGCCACCGCUGCCGUAGGAAUCGAUUGACCUCGACCUUUGCACUACUUUGCAUCGGGGUAUACGAUCGCUAUAUUAUCCUACGAGUCAGGGGACCGGCUUCAUCCUAUAGAGUAUAGACUUUCUGUUGUCGGUCGUCGCAAUUCCUAUGACUAAAAUGUCUGUUUAAAUAAAAUAUGUACAUAAUAUUAUCAUUGUAACGUCAUAUUUGUGGUGCUGAAUGAAAAUACGUUUUUGUUAUAAAAUGUACUGUUAGUUUCUGUUCUUUUAUUGAUUUAUUAUCGUUCUUUGUAUUAAUUUAUUAUUGUUUUAUUGUUUAUUUAUUAUUCGGAAAUCCGUUUACCACAUUUAAGCACGCGACCGAACACGCAUGUGUGGCGUGUGUGUUAAAUUUUUUUUGUAAAUUUGUUAUUUAAAAAACAAGAACCUACUUUAUUUCUCGUUUAUUUUUGUGUUACAUAUCAACUUUAGUUUGGUUGUUUUUCUGUGUACUUGGUAUGUUUGAAUUUAUUACAAUUUUAU